AUGCAGCCCGUGUUUGAUCGCAUGUUCUGUCACUCGAGACCAGAGGGCCGGAAGUUUUAUCCAAUCAAAUGUUGCUGGGGUUUGAACUGGCCAAUCAGACAGGAACCGGAAGGGCUGUUUACAUUCAAGGAUGUGACCAUAGAAUUCUCUCCAGAGGAGUGGGAAUACCUGGACCCUUCUCAGCAAAGAUUGUACAGGACCGUGAUGUUAGAAAACCACAGAAACCUGGUUUUCCUGGGCCUUGCUGUCUCUAAGCCAGACCUGAUCACAUGUCUGGAGCAAAGGAAAGAGCCCUGGGAUGUGAAGAGAUACAGCACAUUAACCAAACCUCCAGGUAGGUGGGAAUGA